AUGGCACACUUCGACAGCUCCCAGACCUCCGGCGAGCGUCAUACUCUUCAAUCCCUCCCAAAAUCCAAUGUCUUCACGCAGACCCUCCCAGCUGACGCUGCCUUCCCCACGCCAAAAGAUUCGCACAAUGCGCCGCGGCAAACCCUCGGCCCACGCAUGGUAAAAGAAGCACUGUUCACAUAUGUGCGACCAGACCCUCAAGGUGAAUCCGAACUGCUCGCCGUCAGUCAGCGCGCUUUACAAGACAUUGGGCUGAAGGACGAAGAGGCCGAGACCCAGGAGUUUAAAGAUGUUGUGGCAGGAAGAACGAUAUCAACGUGGAAUGAGGAACGGCCGGACGAAGGCAUAUAUCCAUGGGCGCAGUGUUAUGGCGGGUACCAGUUUGGACAAUGGGCCGGUCAGCUUGGUGACGGGCGGGCCAUCUCCCUGUUCGAGUCUACGAAUCCAGCAACGGGUACGCGCUACGAGAUACAGCUCAAAGGUGCAGGGCGUACACCAUAUUCUCGUUUCGCCGAUGGCCGAGCUGUGUUACGCUCUUCGAUCAGAGAAUUCGUGGUUUCCGAGUAUUUGAACGCGAUUGGUAUACCUACGACGAGGGCGCUGGCGCUCACACUGAACAAGGGAAGCAGAAUUGUGAGAGAAAGAGUGGAGCCUGGGGCGAUUGUCACACGUUUUGCGCAGAGCUGGAUCCGCUUCGGAACCUUCGAUCUCCAGCGUACACGUGGGGACCGCAAGACAUUACGAACCCUCGCAGACUACACAGCCGAGCACGUGUACGGCGGAUGGGAUGAGCUGCCCGGCAAACUCCCCUCUGGCGACGCGAAAGAAACCCACAACCAAACCACUACCGGCGUGGCGAAGGACACAAUUGAGGGCGAAGGCCUCGAAGCAGAGAACCGUUAUGUCCGUCUCUACCGCGCCAUCCUACGCGCCAAUGCCCUCACCGUUGCGAAAUGGCAGGCCUAUGGCUUCAUGAAUGGUGUCCUAAAUACAGAUAACACGUCUAUACUCGGCCUCAGCAUAGAUUUUGGUCCCUUCGCGUUCCUCGACAGCUUCGAUCCGACGUACACACCCAACCACGAUGAUCAUAUGCUACGGUACAGCUACAGAAACCAGCCGACGAUAAUCUGGUGGAACCUGGUACGGCUUGGCGAGGCGCUGGGUGAGUUGAUGGGCGCUGGUGCGAAAGUCGACGAGGCGAUAUUUGUUGAAAAGGGCGUCACGGAAGAAGAAGCUGACGAGCUUGUCAAGCGUGCCGAGGGCGUUAUCGACCGUUGUGGCGAGGAGUACAAGGCCGUUUUCCUCGCAGAGUACCGGCGCCUCAUGACCGCGCGUCUGGGUCUUAAGACACAAAAGGACUCUGAUUUCGAAGUCUUGAUGUCGGAGUUACUGGACUGUCUUGAGGCUUUUGAGCUGGACUUUCACCACGCCUUCCGAAGACUAUCUGCCAUUAAGCUUUCGGAAGUAGAGACGGAAAAUCAGAGGAAAGACGUAGCAGGCCGUUUCUUCAAGACAAAUGACUCGCCGCGGCAAGAGUCCGACUCGAGGGAACGCAUCGGCAAGUGGCUUGAGAAGUGGUCCGCACGCGUAAAAGAAGACUGGGGCGAUAGCUCAGACGCUGAACGGCAGGACGCCAUGCAAGCUGUCAACCCCAAGUUUGUUCCCCGCUCCUGGAUCCUUGACGAACUCAUAGAACGUGUUGAAAAGAAGGAUGAGCGCGACAUCUUACCGCAGAUCAUGAAACUCAGUCUCAACCCCUUCCAAGAAAGCUGGGACUGGGAUGAAAGUGAGGAAGAAAGGUUCUGUGGCGAUGUUCCCAAGUACAAGGGCAUGAUGCAGUGUAGUUGCAGUUCGUAG